CAGGGCUCCUCCUCGACUGCCGACAAGUUCAAGACGAGCUUUAGCUUCUUCCAAAACCUUGAUUUAAAUUUGUCCGGGAUUAUUUUUCUGGACUUAAUUGUCACUAUUUCAUCAAUUUUAAAAUGUGUCGAAACCUUCCUUGCCUGCUUUGACAUGGGCUUUAUUCAAUCAUGUUCUGUACGGUGAAAAUUAUGGGCCGCUUGUCCCACCCAAAAUAACUUUUCAACGCCCAGGAGUAUCAUGUCAAGUUGGGCCAAAAUGCCUUCAGCCUCUGUUUUCACGCUUUUAUCGGCUGCCGUGGUAGUGGCUUAUGCUAUCGGUGUACAUUACUUGAUUUAUGCUCCUAAAGAACGUUCAUGUUCAAUGACAUAUAUGUUCGAAUACCCUCAAUUUGCGAAAAUUGCUAUGCUUGAUCAUGUUGCCGACAACUUCAAAAGAUAUAAUCUGUAUGCCUAUAGCGAAGGACAUCACAUUGAUGCAAUGCGCAAAAUGAAAUUUUCUGGAGUCCCUGUGCUAUUUAUACCAGGGAGUGGGGGCUCUUACAAACAAGCUCGCUCACUUGCAUCAGUAUGUAUGCGAAAAGCUCUCAAUUCGCGUUCACCUUUCCAUUUGGAUUUCUUUACUGUUGAUUUGAAUGAAGAAUAUUCAGCACUGUAUGGAGGAGUCUUAGAAGCUCAAACAGAAUUUGUCCGACAGUCAAUUUAUCGUAUCCUCGAUCUCUACAAAAACACAAAAGCUUCUAAGCCUCAAUCAGUUGUGCUUGUGGGGCAUUCAAUGAGCGGUUUAAUUGCCAAAGGAAUUUUCAAUGACCCAUCAUUUGACCCAAGUUUAGUUCAAGUCAUUCUCACAUUUGCUACUCCCCAUAACCGUCCAGUUAUUGUGUUUGAUGAAUACACAUAUCAAUAUUAUCAGGCAACAUCAAAGACAUGGGUUCUAGACCGAGGAGAUAGACUUGCACAUGUUACUCUGGCCUCUGUUGGUGGUGGACCUAUGGAUUACUUGGUUCAAACAGAUUCUAUUUCUUCUUGGGAAACUGAUCUCCACACAGUGACUACCACUGUUCCAACAGUAUGGCGUUCAGUUGAUCAUUUGGCAAUACUUUGGUGUAAAGAGCUGGUUCUUGUAACAGCUAGAGCAGUUUUUGACAUGGUGGACCUGGAAACCAAACAAAUAAGCUCUGACCAACAACUUCGACGCUCCAUAAUCCAAUAUCAUUUUCUAAAGAGGAAUGGUGGGAAGCAGUAUCGUAAAUCAAUCCAUCAUCCUUAUGCCACAUUCCUUGAAGGAGCUGAAUGGAUAGAGCCACUACCCCGUCAAACAUCAAUAUCUGGCAAUAUAGAUAACAAUGGAAAUGAUCGACUUGCCAAACCCAAACACAUUAUGAUUCGUCUUGUUGAUCAUCCACAUCAUGCUAUUCUGGCUGUGGAAGCUAUAAAUCAUCAGGAAAGUGACUGGGUUUUUGUUUGUCAAGCUAAUGUCAUUGAGAACAAUUCAAGAAUCUGCAAAAAUGGUGAGAACCUUUCAAACUACAGUCAGUUUUGGCCAAGCUUGAAUCACAAAAGGAAACGUGUUGUGCUGGAUCUGCUCUCUUACCAACAACAGAACAAGUAUUCUCAUGUAAUAUUGAGGAUGCCUCUCAAUAGUGAACCUGUUCAAUUUCACAUUGAUGUCCACGCCAAUCGUGUCUUGAAACCGCCUGCUAUGGGACCUUGGCUCCUUUAUGACACUCGUCCCGUAGUUUUGGUUGAAGAGACAGCUCCCAAAGCAUUACGAUAUAUUGUAGACUUUGCAGAAGUUGAAUCAUUGUGGCAUGUUCUCAAUCUUGUAGUGAAGCCAGUAUCGUGUUUAAAGAAAGAGCACCAUGCAGUUGCAAUGCUGCUUGUUCCAUGGAGCAAUGAAAAGUCCUACAGUUACAUUACCGAAAUGAGGCAAGAUCCACUUCCUGUUCGCCUUCUUCAUGUGAAACCGCGUCUGCCCAAAAAUGUACCAAAGAGUGCCGAACUAAAAUUGGCUGUUGUUGCUGAGAUAGCUCUGGAUCCUUCUUGCACCUAUAAAAUAAGUGUGGAAGCUGCUCCUGGACUAUUACUCAGUCAAUUUGCUCGCUCUCUUACACCAUGUAUUUUCCCUUACAUGGUUGCCAUAUUACUGUUGACUUUGAGAGAACAGCUUCAAUCAUUGAGAAGAACUGGCCACUGCUCACUCUUUCACUUAGCCAUGAGCCGUGGUGCUAAGCCAUUUUAUGUCCUUCCUCUGUGCAAAAUUCUAACAAGACUUCUGAACCAUGGGGAUGAUCCCAACGCCCGCUUUUUCCUGAGUAAUAUCCCUGGUGUACCAGAAGCUGGUGUGGGCAUGAAUAUGAUGGCAAGACUUCCACUUGAGAAUUUGUUGUACCCAUUUUUAAUGUAUAUGUGUGCCUUUGGUCUUGUAUAUGUAUCAGGAUUUGUUGUCAUGUUCUUUAUUGUCUUUAAUGCAAAAGUUGUAAAUGGUGUUGCUUUGAGCUUUAUUGGGCGAUUUUUCAAAAGAUCAAUUACUGCUUGGAUCAGUCCUGCAAAUUUAUCUGAAUAUGUCAUGGAAUUUAUGAUAAAAGCUCCUCCCAUUGUUGUUGCCCUGCUUCUAAUACUUGGAUUUAAGUCGUGUGGGGCCCUAGCCUUAAUCUUAGGUGGUGUAUACUUUUAUGCUGUUCUCUGCAAUAUGUACAGUGAUUACAUGGAGGCCCUUUUGAUGUACUCCAUGAGAGUUGUGACAGGAAAAGAAAAGAUCUCUUUAGAGGGAAUCACUAAUCCUAGUGGUUCAGAAGAUAAUCAAUCAAAGAAAUCUUCAAAGGGGGGAGAAGAGGCAAAAGAUCAGAAAAAGGUUGAACUCAAGGUUGAGGAGAAAGAAGCUUUGGCCAUACCAAGUAAGGACGAUAAAGUUGAUAGUACUAAAGAUACAAAAGAUGAAGAAGAAGAACCCAAAGAAGAGGAGCGCAACAGCCUUUCAGAUAUUAAUGUAUACAUGACAGUUUUCAUGCUUUAUGUUGCCUCAAUAGUUCCAAGCAUACCAUCCUUACUUAUUUGGGCCCACAACUACAGCUAUGACCCAAGCCUUGUUCCAGAUCCAACAUUUGUUCCCUUUGUAGCUAUUUUGAUGAGUGUUUCCAGCACAUUCUGGAUUCAUGCAUAUCCUCACCCACGAUUGCCUUUUUAUAGAGUUGUUGUGGAUAUGCUCUUUGUCCUGGCCACUUUUACUUUGCUUUAUGCACCCAACAGAAUAAGUUUUGUACCUUAUAUAAUUGCUGGAGUUAUGGUGCUCUUGGCUGGUCAUCAAUGGCUCACAACUCUUCACCUGUUUUUAUACCCUCCAAUUUACAAUGAACUCAUGGAUAGCGAGAAUGAGAGUGAUGCUGACUCAAUAAAUGACAAUCGUAUUGACAGCAGUCACUCUGCCACAGAUGAUGAGGUAGCUGAUGGUGAUGAUGAGGGAGGUGAAAGUGGCAGCAACAGUGAUGAAGAUGCGAAUGAUGCUGAUGCAGAUGAGAGGAAGAUCUUCUCUAUUGGAAUGAUCCCUCAACCCCACGCAGAUGAGGCUGACGAUUCAUCUGAUGCUGAUGACGGUGAAGAAGGAACAAACUUUAGGACCUUAGGGUAAUGAAACUUUACCAACCAGACUGGAAGGUUUCUUUAUAAUGUCCGGAUAGUUCAAAGAGUCUUCAUAAAUUGUGAAAUGUGACAGAUUCUCAUAGAAUUUUUGAAAGUACAAACAGAGAAGUGAAUAAUAUGCACAUGCUACAAUGUGUUGUAAUUUUUAGAAGUACUGUACUAUAGAUGGAUUUACAUACUUACGAAUGUCGUGAUCCGACCCCAGAACUGCAAACUUCUCAUUGUAAUGUCUUUAGGAAUUUCAGUAUUUUUGACAUUGUCAUUACAUUGUAUCUAGUAUGUCUAGUAAUGAUGUGAUAUUAAGUCAGACAUAGCAUGUGUUUUUACAUUUUAUGAAUAACUUGACUGAAUGGAUCUGCAGUUGUUUAUAUUUCUGCUAAGUAUUAGUUGCAAAUAAUUUGGAUGUGCUUCAGAUUUUGGGAGGUCUUACAAGAACUAAGAGACAAAUGUAAUAAUGUGAUAAAAAAGAAAAAUGAGAGUGAGGAGGGGGAGUAGAUUUUGCACUCUGGUAGACACAGUCUUGGGAACUGUCUAAAGAGGAUUGAUUGAUUGGAACGGUUCCAUCAAUUUUGCGAGACUUAUUUCUGUGAAUGAGGACUUACUCUAUCCUGUGGAAAGGAAAAAGGGACACCUGUUUUAAUACAUAUUUAGUUAGGUAAAUGGAAGCAUAUCAUGACCACACUUUCAUGUCUCAAAAUGAAUUUGAUUUCAAUGCUUAAAACCACUUGCUGGUUAGUGGUGCAAUUUUAAACAUAUUGAUAUUUUAUUUUAUGCUUCCAAGAAUUUGGAAUGGUCUCUUCAGGUCACUUGUUAUAAUAGAUUUUUCUAUUGCUAUGAUAAAAGACUACUUAUGAUUAUCAAACAACUAUGUAUUUUUAUACCUACCACCUUAAUUGUAAUCUCUCAAUUAUUGUAAAUACCUUUUAGAUUUUAGUAAAGCAGGGAACCAAGCAGUGGUGCAAUGGAGACUUUGCCUUGUUUAUCCUCAUUGCAGUGUGUUUAGCCUCAAACAUAGUAUGUUGUAUGUCUAAUGAGUGGUUCUAAACAUCUUGCAUGUCUCCAAUAAAGACAUGCUUGUUGCUGUACUAUCCAAUAAUUUGCUGUGUUUUCAGUUUCAUAGAGUUGGACUACUAAUUGAGAAAUGGAUAGACCUUAAUUGAUUUCAUUACUAUUCAUCAAUUUUUUUCUAGUCAUUUCUCAAUGAGUAGAAGACUGAUGUAUUGACAUGAAGGGUUGUUUCUGCGUUGAAGUAAUCUUGAUUGUUAAGUUUGUGUAUUAUAUGCAGAGCUACAAUGGCUCAGCAGCUCACAUAAUUCAUUGACUUUCACUGUUAUUUAUACUUGCAUGUUAAAAAAGAUGUAGCCAACGACAUUGAAACCUCAUCAACUGUUCUGUGGAGUUUGGAAAUGGGAGUGGAAUUUAAGUUUGAUAUUAUAUCAUUGCUACCUCUCUACCUAUGAGAUCAUUGUUUUUAAAAUAUACAAAGCUUCUAGGGCUGCGCCCAAUAGUAAAAUAAGUUACAGUUGCUUAUCAGGUAUAGCUGUACACUGAUUAUUGUUUUUUCUUUCAUUAGAUAUUUUAUAAUGCUUAACUGGCUUUUAACAUAAGAGUGUUAUGCUUCCUCUUUUUAAGUGCUGUUAUGAAGUUCAUCAACAAUUGAUUUGUUAUAUCAUGACUCUACUUGCUGCAAUUUUGACAUCUUUCCCCCCACCAGGCAUAUAUCCCUUUUCUCUGUCAAAAACCUUCUACUUAAGCUGACAGUAGUCAUAACCUUCAUUAGAUGCUCUCAAUUCUCCUGUCUUAAACUUAUAGCUGUGCUUCAGUAUUUGCUUUUAUGUAUUACUAUAAUUGUAUGUAAGUGUCUUCAAUUGUAGUGUUAGGAUAUUUUUAAUUAUGAAAUGCCGCCAAACUCCUGUACUGUGUCUCAGGCAUAGUAAUUCAAAUGAGAACUGAAGAUUGUGUCGUAGAAUUUUUGUUUUAAAUCUAGAGUGAAGUAUUGUGAUAAACAUUCUUUAAAAUGUGGACAAUAUGUUCUAAUGUAUAAUUCAUCUUGAACGAACUGCUAUGAUUUUUUUUUCCAUUUGGAACCAGAUUGAUUAACAAUUUAGGAUAGUGCGGAUUGAAGCUGAUUAGCACAAUUAGAGGCUAGAUAAUUCAAAUUAGUAUCUUUUCUCAAAAUGUGAUAUUAUUACAUAAAGUUGUGUGUUCGUGAGUGUAUAUGCGCUGCGUCAUUUGUAUGUGAGCUUUCUGUGUUUUUGUUUUCUUUUAAUCAUUAAAGUCACUGACUGCAA